AUGGUGCUGAAGAUGGAACGUCUCCCACGGGUUUACAAACCCAUAAGCCGAAACCUAAAGAUGGCUAAACUCCACUGCAAGAAAACUUCUAAUCCACCUAAAUCCAGUACACGACCAUUAAGAAACGCAGCUAAUCCGGCUCCGAGACACCUGGCACAUCCAGACCCGGCCUAA